AUGACGGAGGCGAUGUGGAACGCGACGGAGGUGGCAGUCAACGUGACUGAGUCUCCUCGGAGGCUGACGGAGGCCGGUUGGGAAGACGGCACUCGUUCGUGGGGCGUGGGCAUGGCUUGCACGGUGAUGGUGGCCGUGGUGGCGCUGGUGGGCAUCUGCGGCAACACGCUGGUGAUCGUCGUGUACAUGACGUGCGUCAAACUGCAGGCCACCGUCUCGAACCUGCUGGUGGUGAGCCUGGCCAUCACGGACCUCACCACGUGCCUGCUGGUCAUGACGCCCUCCGCGUGGGCUCUCCUGGCAGACCGCUGGCCCCUGGCGGCGUGGACGUGCGACCUCCACUGCGCCGUGAAUUACUUGUGCAUCAUUGUGUCCAUGAUGACCAUGGCGCUGAUCUCCGGAGAGCGGUUCCUGGCGGUGACGCAGCCGGCCAUCCAUCGUACCCGGAUGUCGCGCCAAAUGCUUGCCCGCUUGGAGGCGCUGGUGUGCGCCGAGGGGGUCGUGUUUGCCGUCGUCCCCAUCGUCUUCCGCUGGGUGCGCUACGACCGGUGGGAGGCCGUGUGCGCCAUCGACUGGUUCACCUACAGCGAAGCCCUCAUCUACGUGCUGGUCGCCUUCAUCGUGUGCUUCUCCGUACCGGCCGUCUUCAUCCUCAUCACCAACACCACGAUCAUCUGGGUCAGCUGCGUGUCGUCCAGGGCGAGGGUCUUGCCGCACCCGCUGGCCGUGCAGGAGAACGGCCAGGCCAGAGCGAAGGCCAUACGCCAGGCGAGGAGGACCAACCGCUCUUCGCUUCAUUACGUGAUAGUCAGGAGCAUGUUAGUAGUUAUCACGGCCUUCUUCGUGUUCCUGACGCCUUUCUCCGUCACGAAGCUCAUCAAGAUGUGGACGAUGGACGAGGGCAGCGUCCCAGGGCCCGUGAAUCUCGCGGCGACCCUCUGCCAGUACGUGGCCUCCGCCAUCAACCCUUUCAUCUACUUCCUCCUUCGUCGGGACUAUCGCGCGGCGGCCUGGCGUCUCCUGCGGCCUCGAGAGCCGCCUCGCCUUCCAGCCACCCACCGCAAACUUCAGCCGUCAGAGGGCCCGAUCGAGUCGUGUGACAUGGCGCACCUCAACGGUCUUCCCAGAUUCUGA